UUGAUAUCAGCUACAAUUCUAAGGACAUCUUUCUAAAUUUUCAAUUGUACAGUAAUAUAUUCAACUGAGAAAGAAUGUCUAAUUUUGUUUCUUCUCCUGGCAAUCUUCCCUCGGAUGCUGCUAGAUUAUUGAGAUCAUCAAAUCCCCCAUCAUCUAUUGGAAGACCUCCAACCACAUCUCCACAUCCUCAACAAAACAUAUACAGUGAUGCUCUGCAUGGAACUCCAGUUGCCCAAGCUCCCCCUACCACUCGUCGUCCCGGUAGAAGUGAUAUAACUGUUUCUAAAGUUGUUGAUGUCACUGGUGAAAAAGUGUGUGAAAGUUUCGAAGCUUUCAUUGAAGAAUUCGUUGAUGCUGAGACCAUGAACAACGAUCCUUCUUCGAAUGGUAGAAUAUAUGUUGCUCAAUUACAUGCUAUGAGAAGUUUCCAGUACUGUACAUUAUAUGUCGAUUAUCAACAUUUGGUUGAUAGAGAAAAUGGGGUUUUAGCUUCAGCCAUUUUAGAACAAUACUAUAGAUUCCAUCCUUUUUUAUUGAAAGGAUUGAGAAACUUGAUCAAAAGACAUGUUCCAGAACUUUUACAAGUUAGUUUGUUGGGUACAAAUAGUGAUGAAACAGCUGCUGGCUCAUCGACUGAUUCAUCUGCUUCAUUUAAUAGUGCUAAUGAAAGAGUUUUCCAAAUUUCUUUCUUUAAUUUACCUUCAGUGAAUAGAAUUCGUGAUAUCCGUACCGAAAAAAUUGGUACUUUAAUGUCUAUACUGGGUACUGUUACUAGAUCUUCAGAAGUUAGACCCGAAUUAUAUAAAGGUUCAUUUACUUGUGAUAGUUGUCAAACUAUUAUAGAGGGUAUCGAGCAAGUAUUUAGAUACACCGAACCAACUGCUUGUCCAAAUACCGAGUGUCAAAACCAAUCUAAAUUUACCUUAAAUGUUGCAAAAUCUCAAUUCAUUGAUUGGCAAAAGUGCAGAAUUCAAGAAAAUUCAAAUGAGAUUCCAACUGGUUCCAUGCCUCGUACUUUAGAUGUUAUUUUAAGAGGAGAAACUGUUGAAAGAGCGAAACCAGGUGACAAAUGUAAAUUCACUGGUACUGAAAUUGUUAUUCCUGAUAUCUCUCAAUUGGGUCUUCCAGGUAUUAAACCCCAAUCUUUAAAAGAAAACAGAGGUGUUGCAUCUGAAUUAAAUUCAGGAGUCACCGGUUUAAAAGCUUUAGGUGUUAGAGAUCUUACUUACAAAAUAGCCUUUUUCGCUUGUCAUGUUUCAUCGGUUGUCAACAAGGCCAACGAAAAGGAUGCUAAUGAGGUUGAAUUUCAAGGUCCAAAUGACCAAGAAGUUUUUAUCUCAUCAUUGAGUACUCCAGAAAUCGCCGAAUUGAAGAGUAUGGUUAGAGACAGACACGUUUAUAAUAAAUUAGUUCAAUCUAUUGCACCAGCAGUCUUCGGUCAUGACAUAGUUAAAAAGGGAAUUUUAUUACAAAUGUUAGGUGGUGUUCAUAAAGAAACCGUUGACGGUAUCAAUUUAAGAGGGGAUAUUAAUAUUUGUAUUGUUGGUGAUCCAUCAACUUCUAAAUCCCAAUUUUUAAAAUAUGUUUGCGGAUUUUCUCCAAGGGCUGUUUAUACAUCAGGUAAGGCUUCAUCAGCUGCCGGUUUAACUGCAGCAGUUGUGAAAGAUGAAGAAAGCGGUGAAUAUACCAUUGAAGCCGGGGCUUUAAUGUUGGCUGAUAAUGGUAUUUGUGCAAUUGAUGAAUUUGACAAGAUGGAUAUUGGAGAUCAAGUUGCCAUUCACGAAGCUAUGGAACAACAAACCAUUUCUAUUGCUAAAGCUGGUAUCCAUGCUACUUUGAACGCUAGAACUUCUAUUCUAGCAGCUGCCAAUCCUAUUGGUGGUAGAUAUAAUAGGAAAUUAGGAUUAAGAGCUAAUUUGAGUAUGACAGCUCCAAUUAUGUCAAGAUUUGAUUUAUUUUUCGUUAUUUUAGAUGAUUGCAAUGAAAGAAUUGAUACCCAAUUAGCUUCUCAUAUUGUUGAUUUACAUAUGCUUCGUGAUAAUGCUAUUGAUCCGCCAUUCUCAGCGGAGCAAUUAACCAGAUAUAUCAGAUAUGCCAAAACCUUCAAACCAAGAAUGAAUAAAGAAGCCAGAGAUUUCUUGGUUAGUAGAUAUAAAGAAUUAAGAAGUGAUGAUGCUCAAGGUUUGGGUAGAUCGUCUUAUAGAAUUACAGUUAGACAAUUAGAAUCGAUGAUAAGAUUAUCAGAAGCGAUUGCAAGAGCUAAUUGUUCCGAAGAAAUUACUCCAACAUUUGUUGCAGAAGCUUAUGAUUUAUUAAGACAAUCGAUUAUUAGAGUUGAAAUGGAUGAUGUUGAAUUAGAUGAUGAAGAUGAAGCUAUAAAUCUUGACCAACCAGAAGAUACUCAAAUGCAAGAAGAAUCUCAACCAGAAACUCUUGAACAGGUACAAACUGAACAACAUGAACAGCAAAGACGUUCUGAGCCCAAGAUGAAGAUUGGCCCAGAGAAGUUCCUUGCUAUAAUGAAUUUAUUAGUUAAGAGAGUAUCUGAUGAAGAUAAUGCAAGUGGACAAGGUUUAACUAAAGAAGAGCUUAUCGAUUGGUACUUACUUCAAAAGGAAGACGAUAUUCAAACUGAAGCAGAAUUUGAAAAAGAAAGAAUCAUUGCUUUCAAAGUAUUAAGAAAAUUAGUUAAAGAUCGGAUCUUGAUGAGUGUUACUAAUAAUGAAGAACUUGACGAUAGUCCCGAAGAACAAGCAAGAGCUAAAACAGUCUAUAUAUUACAUCCAAACUGUGCUAUUUUAGAUUUUUUCGAUCAAAAUAGAGCUGAAGACGCUGAAGACGCUGACCAAAUAGCUGAGGAUUAACCUUUUGGAUAUACUUCAGGUUCUUUUUGUUUUAUUAUUCUUAUUUUAUUAUUUCGAUAUUUGUUUUUUUUCUCUCUCUUUGGUUUUGUUUUCAGUUCAUAUUAUGUAUAUUAAGG